AUCAUUCACUUGCUGCCCCCCAGAAGUGUCAAAACAUUAAUGAUGUGUCUUGUUUUAGUUUUGAAUUACUUUUAAAUAUUGUCUAUGGACAUGUUUGAUUUCGUCAACAAGCCAUUACUGCAGCCAAGUCCCCAUUCCAAACAAUUCUAACCAUGGAAGCGCUGUAUUUCCAAACGAACAGCCUUAUCCAGGAGACGCAGCAAUGUUUCCAACAGCUGAACAACGUACGUGUCGAUUCUGUUGCUUUGGAGGACGAAAUUCAUACCAAACUUGCCACGGUGAAUGCCAACUGCGACCGUCUCGAUGUGCUCCUCUACAAAGUUCCUGUGGCGCAAAGACAAAACUCCAAGAUGCGCGUUGACCAGCUUAAGUACGACUUGCGGCAUCUGCAGGCUGCUUUGAAGUUGUAUCAGGACAAAAAAGCCCGCAAGGAACUGGAACUGAGCGAGCGAGAAAAUCUGCUAAACAAACGUUUCACGGCGAACUCGGAAACGUCGAUUGACAUCGACUAUUCGCUGCAGCACCACAACUCGAUGCGUAAUGCGCACCAAGGAGUGGACGAGAUGCUAUGGACCGGCUCCAACAUCAUCGACGGACUUCGAAACCAACGGGAAACGCUAAAGGGCGCACGAAAGCGCAUUCUAGACGUUGGCAGCACACUUGGCCUCUCGAAUCAAACUAUGAAAAUGAUUGAGCGCCGAGUCGUAGAGGAUAAGUACGUGAUGAUUGGGGGAAUGGCUGUGACGAUGCUAAUAAUUGUACUAGUUAUUUAUUAUUUCCUGUUUUAACGCUAGAUGCUAUGUAACCAAACCGAUGAAUAUAACUCUGAACGUUGCUUGAA